AUGGCGACAGAUGACAGAGGGGCACGGAUUUUGUCUGAUUUAAAUGCUGCAUUUAAGAAAGAUCCUAGCAUAGAUGAGUAUGAUGUAAUCCCCAUACUGGAGCCUAGACACAAUAAAAGUCCCCUUGUACUAGUGGAUCAUAAGCUGGGACUUGAACUGUGGAGUGUUAAGAUUCUUUAUGAAUAUUCAUACAGCUGUCUUUUAUCGAGGAGAAGGACAUUGAACUUCAAGAAACAAUUAGGAAUUGAAGAGUUAUCGAGUCUGUCACGUGCUGUAAUACUGGUCAACCCAGAAUGUGCCACAGUCUGGAACAUCAGAAAAGAACUGGUACAGUCUGGAGACUUGAGCAUAGAGGAGGAUUUAAAGCUGGCAGGGCUAGUUCUUACAAAACAUCCCAAAAGUCCAGAAACCUAUUCACAUAGGAAGUGGUUGCUGAACCGACUUCAGAAGGAGUCUAAUCCCAUCAUAGCUCUGGAACCUGACCGUCACACUAACGGUGCAAUACAGAAUGGAGAUGUCAGCAUGGACAGUAUUAACAUCAUCGUUGGGAGUCACAGUGUAAAUCACGGGAGUCACAAUGUAAAUCACAGCAACCACCUGAUAUUAGAUACAGCCGCAGAUUGGGAGGAGAUCUUGUCAGAAGAAUUAUGUGUCUGUGAAGCUGCAGCAAGCCGUUACCCUAGCAAUUACAAUGCCUGGAGCCAUCGCAUCUGGGUGGUACAGAAGUUCUACAAGCGUGGCAUACAGGUAUUGUUAAGAGAAAUGUCGAGCACAAUGCCGUGGGUGUCAUCUCAUGUGUCAGACCACAGUGGUUUCCAUUACCGCCAGUUUUUGCUGAGUCAACUGUGUGUGGAGAAAGCACGUGUUCAAACUGAGUUGACCGUUUGUGUGCGAGACUUGGUCACAGAGGAGAUGAAGUUUGUCACAGAUCUCAUCACUUUCUAUCCAGGACACGAAGCACUCUGGUAUCACAGAAAGUUUGUCUUCUUCACAUUGCACAAGUACAAUGACAACAGACCAAGAUCUCUGUGUAAAACAGCUGCUUGUGCUAAUGGGCUGACAGAAAAUGGCUGUCAUGAGAAGAGAGACGAUAGCAGUGGGUGUUCCCUGAAGAAAACCCGCUUGGAGAAUGAUGCUCAUAUGCUGUGUGUGAAGGAGGUGGACUCCGUAUGUCAAACAGAAAUGUUGUCCUCUGACUCAGAACAGUGUCGCCAUGCGCAGCGCUAUGUGAACUGGAUCAAAAAAGUCUACCUCUAGUCAGACGAACAUCUGUCGUUUGGACUAUUGUAUGUAACACUGUGUUUGGAUACCAUGUAAUUAUUCUCUUUUAUAGUGCUUAUAUCAGCCAUAUGAUUUACAAUAGCUUCUGCAGUUUUCAUUCCUGAGUCUUCCAUAGAUACACAGGUAUUAUACUCACUGUGAUGUCAACAUCCGCACAUUAGAGAAACGGUCAGCAGGAAAGAAUUCUGUGGGUGUUAACAAGGUUAUUUGGAAAGACUUUUAAAGUGUUAUAAUGGUUAACUUGAUGGGCUUUUAUAAUGUUAAAAUGGUCAAUUGGAAGAGCUAUUAUGUUAAAAUGCUCAAGUGAGAAGGCUUUGUAAUGUUAAAAUGGUGAGCUGGAGGGUUUUUUGUAGCAGCAAAAUGGUCCACUCGAAUGGCUUUUAUACUUAUAAAAAAGCCAACUGGAGGGGCUUUUAUUCUGGUGGAAUGGUCAGCUGGAGAGUCUUUUGUGGUGAU